GCUAUCGACAGACUGACAGCUACAGGGCACGGUCUUGGCGUCUCUCUCUGCAUGGCUUCUAUGUAGUAAUAUGUGUGUAGGUAGGCAAUCUGUUUGAGAUGAUUUGCGUCCCAUCAUGGAAUUCAUGUAACGUUAGCUAACUAAUUUCGCGUGUAUCCAAAGAUUAUGGAUAUACUGUCAAGAUACAUAUCUGUCCCCUAACAAUAGCAGUUAUUGACCACAAAGCGGCACGGCAGGCUGUUUAGCUUCCGCCUGUUAUUUAUUUGGAUUGGUGGAUACAUCUCAUUAUUGUAAUCAAUAUUUGAAUAUUGAAUAAGGGUUGUAGACGUCAACCGUCUGUAUUCAAUGGAGAGAUGCUACGCUACGAGCCUCAUCACAUGAAUAUGCAUAGCCACUCUCUCCCAAUAGUGUUCAGGUCAAGGAUGAACUCUUUCAUGCAAGGACACUUGGUACUCCACAACUGUAGGUGGUGGUAAAUUCAACUAUUUAUAUUUGCAACAAAGCGGUAUUCCAAAAGUAAGAAUUGUCCACAAUGCUGUAGAUAGACUUGAUUUGUCUACAUUAUAAUCGAUAAAGAUGAAAUUGUACUGUCUGUCAGGUCACCCCACCCUGCCUUGCAAUGUCCUCAAAUUCAAAUCCACCACCAUCAUGUUGGACUGUGGGCUGGACACGACCUCUGUCCUGCAGUUUCUACCACUGCCUCUGGUGCACAGCCCAAGGCUUUCCAAGCUCCCUGGAUGGGUGUCUAAAGAUGGCACAAUAAACCUUGAGAAGGAGCUGAAAGAGUGUGCAGGUCGCGUCUUUGUAGACUCACAGCCAGAGUUCUGUCUCCCUGAGAAAGAGCUGCUGGACCUGUCCACCAUAGACGUCAUCCUGAUCUCCAACUACCAUUGUAUGAUGGCCCUGCCUUACAUCACCGAGCACACAGGCUUCACUGGGACUGUGUAUGCCACAGAACCAACGCUGCAGAUCGGCAGACUUCUGAUGGAGGAGCUGGUAAACUUCAUGGAGAGAGUUCCCAAGGCCCAGUCUGCUACCUGCUGGAAGUAUAAGGAAAUACAAAGGCUUCUCCCUGGCCCGCUGAAGGAUGCUGUUGAAGUGUCGACUUGGAAGAGAUGCUACAGUAUGCAGGAUGUAAACUCUGCUCUCAGCAAGGUGCAGCUCGUGGGCUACUCGCAGAAAGUGGAGCUGUUUGGCGCCGUGCAGGUCACACCCCUGAGCUCUGGUUACUCAUUGGGUAGCUCUAACUGGAUCAUCCAAUCACAUUAUGAGAAGGUUUCGUAUGUCUCUGGCUCCUCCCUCCUCACCACACAUCCACAGCCCAUGGAUCAGAGCUCCCUAAAGAACAGUGACGUUCUGAUUCUGACGGGCCUCACGCAGAUGCCAACCGCCAACCCAGAUGGCAUGCUAGGGGACUUCUGCAGUAACCUAGCCAUGACGAUCCGUGCGGGUGGCAACGUGCUGGUGCCAUGCUAUUCCUCGGGGGUGAUCUAUGACCUCCUGGAGUGUCUUUACCAGUUCAUAGAGAACGCCAAUCUAGGCUCCACCCCCUUCUACUUCAUCUCGCCCGUCGCCAACAGCUCUCUGGAGUUCUCACAGAUCUUCGCAGAGUGGCUUUGUCACAAUAAGCAGUCCAAGGUCUACCUUCCAGAACCUCCUUUCCCUCACGCUGAGCUGAUUCAGACGAACAAGUUGAAGCACUACCCCAGUAUCCAUGGCGACUUCAGCAGUGAGUUCCGGCAACCGUGUGUGGUGUUCACCGGACACCCAUCUCUUCGCUUCGGGGAUGUGGUGCACUUCAUGGAACUGUGGGGAAAAUCCAGCCUCAACACUAUAAUCUUCACUGAACCAGACUUCUCCUACCUGGAUGCGUUAGCCCCGUACCAGCCCCUAGCCAUGAAGUGUGUGUACUGCCCCAUUGACACUCGGCUCAACUUCCACCAGGUCUCCAAGCUGCUCAAGGAGGUCCAGCCUCUCCAUGUGGUGUGUCCAGAGCAGUACACCCAGCCCCCACCAGCCCAGUCCCACCGCUCAGACUUGAUGCUGGAGCUGCAGCCCCCUCCCAUGCCCUAUCGCCGCUGCUCUGUGCUGGGCCUACCCUUCAGACGCCGCUGGGAACGCAUCCAGCUGCUGCCAGAUCUGGCCAAAUCCCUAGUGCCCUCUGAGAUCAAACCUGGCAUCUCUGUAGCAACUGUGUCCGCAGUUCUGCAGUCCAAGGAUAACAAGCAUACGUUGCAGCCAGUCCCUAAGCCCCCUCCGCUGCCCCCCAGUAAGAAGAGGAAGCGUGUAGUAGAGGAGCCCCCAGAAGUGCUGGCCCCCAAACCCCUGCUCAGUGGAGCUGUACCCCUGGAAGCCUUCUUAGCCAUGCUACACAAGCACGGUAUCACGGAGGUCAAGGUAGAGGAGACCGCAGACGGCCACAUUCUGCACCUGCAGGCCGAGGACACCCUGAUCCAGCUGGAGGAGGACGGGACACACAUUGUGUGUGACGACAACGAGCCACUCCGUACCGCUCUCAGGGAUCUGGUGCUGCGUUUCCUCAUGAAACUCUGACCUUUCCCCCUGACUUCAACGGCACCGAUUUUCCUCACUGUGCGCGUUUGAGUGUUACAUUGCAGUUGGCAACUGCAGACGGACUGUUCUGCAAAUCUGGCAUUCUAAAUGGCUACUUAUUAUAUGGUAGAUCAGUCCAUCUAGUCACCAACUGCUAUGUAGUCAAUCUCAAACAUGCACUUUCUCUACUGCAAUAGCUGGAAGUGGCUUCCUCGGCUUGUCUCCUCUGUUCAGCUGGUGAUGUCAUUGUUGUUUGUUUUGUAUGUAAGCAGGUAGUACUUUUAUAAAUAGUCUUGUAAUAAACUACAUUAAGGAAAAA